ACACACACACACACACACACAUCCACUCUCUCUCUCUCCCUCUGUCUUUCUUUCUAUCUCUCAGUCAGUAAUAAUGGAGCCCAGCAGUCCAAAGAAGAUCCAGUUCGCUGUGCCUCCGCUGCAGGGACAGCUUGACCCACAGGCUGCCGAACAUAUCCGCCGCAGAAGACCAACUCCUGCCACUCUGCAGAUCUACAGACAACCUGGCACAGAUGUUGGAGAUCAGAACAAUGCCAGUGGAGACUCACAGGCUUCAGAGUCCUCUCAGAGGAAGCAGAGCACCUAUGCCCCACCCUCCAUGAAAGGUAAGCUGGAAAGCUCUGUGCCAGAGGAAGAGGAGGAAGGCAGCGCUCAGGACGACUAGUCCAGCAGAGAAACCUCAGCACUGAACAGGCGGCCAAAUUUAUUUGUGGAUAUUCUGGACAAACCCCAAGACGGAUUCAAACAUCCAUCUCCAUCCAAGUCAAGCACCUACUGUGCAUGUCCGGGCUUGUUGGGAAAGCUGACCUGUGUGGAGGUUAUAGAAAGCUCAGUUAAGGUUUUAAUCACAGUAGGUAAAGAAACGUGUUCAACCAGCAUCUCCUCCUUCACUUUAAACAAAAGGGGAACAGCCCAGCUGACAGUCACCUGACCACAACUAACACCCAAGUACAUAACAAUUAAAAUGAGCUCAGAUUUAGUUCAUAAAUAAGGGCAGAAAUAUGUUUUUUCCUUAAACAGAAGUGAUUUAAAAAAGAACCUUAAACUGUCCCAGAUGACUUUUAAAUGCUUCUGGUGGGAAGCGAAACAUUAUCAUCUCAAGCUUGUCUUAAUAUAUGAAGGAAAAUUGUUUAUACAAUUGUUUGUUUAUACAUUUUAUAUCAUUUUAAAGUUUUUAAAUAUCAAGGAGGAAAUUAAUCUAGGUACAUUUAAUUCUACCUAGAUUACAUUAACUACAAUGGAUAGCAACUAGAUAUAACAUGGGAUCUAAUACACAGUUGGCAAAUUUCAAAAAUAUAGAAUAAAUGAAAAUAUAGCAAAAAUGUUAUCAUCCAACUUCUCUUCUACGUCAUUAGGAGGAUUUUCAAAUAUGUAUUUAUACAUGUAUUAAUUUUAAUUUGCAUACAUUUCCCACCAGAAGUUUUCAAAAUGUCCACUGUGAGAUUGCAGCUUGUAGGCAAAGCAUAUCUUAAACACACAAAAUACUGCAAUAAAUAUUGCAGUAUUUUGAUCGAAGGUUGCAUUGAUUGUCAGGUUGACCCUAAAGGUUUAUAAGACAUUCUUCAAACAUUCUGCCAUCUAACUGGAAAAGCACAAAUAUUACUGGCUACACUCAGGUGCAAAGGUCAUUGUCCCUCCCCCUUCUUUCUGUGUCUUUUUAAACUGCACACCAUGUAAAAGUUCUGUGUUGCAUUUAAUUUUAAAAGUGUUCUUGAGAUUUGAUUCCUGCAGUUUGUUGCUGCAGGAAUCAAAUCACUUAUUAUAGCUUUUCAUCAUUUUACUCACUGAAUGGUUUCAAAAAUCUGCAUCCAAGCACUGGAAACUGCCACUUUAAUUUGCUGCAAUUCUGCAUCAUGAUACAUUUGUCUACAUCUACUUUUGUUUUUCUUCAAAUAAACUGGAUUUGAUGAGGAAUUACUAAAUGUACCACGUAUUAUUAUAAUGGAUUACUUUGAAGAUGAGUUAUGUUUUUUUAUUACCAUAUGCUUUUCUGCUGUGUACGUGAUCGGCAUCACCGGCACUUAUAAAUAACUGCAAUAACUUGUCAAAUUUGACGACAUAUAUGCUACACCCUCAGCCACCAGGAAUUUACUGUAUACUUUUUGUCUUCAUCUUGGAUGCCUCCUGGUGGCUUUUCUAUGACACUGCAAGGCUACCAAAGUAGUUUUGUUAGGAAUGCCAUAAAAUCUUGAAUAAUUGAAUAAAAUAACAUGAAGUAACAAAAAGCAACAUCUUAUUAUUGAUUUUUUUGAACAGUUUACUUGUAGAUCAUUGCAGGAGUCCUGAGUAGCUUGGUUACCUGCUGCGUAAAGUCUAACUUGUCACCUGACUGAAUUACCCUUGUGUGUUCAUACUUACUGGUUUUUACCUCAUUCAUCGCAGGUAGUGGCACACACUCAGAGUUCAGGUCUGACACAGCCCUAAAGUUUAUUUUAUUCAUGUCAUUUUAAGUUACAAGUUGGAAUCAGAAACACAAAAAAAAAAAAAAAAAAAAAAAAAAAAAAAAGAAGUUAUAAAGUAAAACAGCAACCAUUCCACAUCAAAUGGCAGAAUGUGUCCACAGAUCUGUCCUUACAAGCUCAUAAUGCAAACUACUGACUCGCCACUGAAGAAACACCUUUUUGAACAUUUUUUUUCUGUGUUCCUGCUACGUUCUGUAAAUAUGACUUCACUUUGCAGCCACUUGCAGAAUAACUCCAGCAGUGGUUAAAAGUCAUGAGUAGUAUGCAGAAUGAACCUUCAGACAGAGCCCUGGGGUUAGUAUUACACUAGCAAAGGGCUAACUUAAGGAGAGUAAGGUUUGUGUCUCGUUACGUAGCCCCUGCUGUGCUCUGAUUGAGGAAGGAAAUAAAAAUCAGACUGCACUUUGUAAAAGUUGUCCAUCUGUCCUUUAAGGUCCCACACAACCGUCGCAAAUAUGUAAGAGUCAUUGGUGGAUGCCCCUUCAACCAGAAUUUGCAAAUCCAGUGAAAUCGGCACUGAGGGUGAAUAAUAAUAAUUUUUUUUUUUUAUUCUUAUUGCAGCUCCAGUUCAUCUUAAGAUUUUUUAUUAGUGUUAGGUGGUUAAAAUGACCUUAGUAUUAAAGUUAAACAGUUAUAUAACUGGACUAUAGAUGGUCAGCUAUCAUCAGCUGCUGCUAAGGUGCCUUUGAGUAAGGCGUGCUUCCCCCAGCUGCUUCAGUAGGGCUUCAAAAGAACAACGAAGCUCCUUUCCAGGAGCCACGAGUGGACUCGUUCUGAUUAGGGGUUAUUUUGUAGUUUUACUCUACCGCAGACAACAUGUAGCACCUACUGCAGCGUCAGUCAGGGGAGCUGAGGGGAAUACUUGCAAGUGUUUUCUUUUGCUUGUUCCCACUGUAAGAGUUUAACAGAGCUGCCGCAGAGCUGGCGUCAAACACUGAAAACGCCCAAAAAAAUGGCAUUUCUCACCACUUGUCAACACUCCAAUCCUUCCAAGCCCUGAUACACACUUUUCUUUUUUUUAGUGUCAACACAUUUGGCAAAUCGUCAUUGUCGUCGUCAUAAAAAUAACAAAACAUAAACAUUAAAAACAGACAGCUUCACAUCAAAGUAGAAUACAGAUAUUAUAUCUUUACCCACAAAAUGUUCAUGUUACGACUAGCUAGAAAAAAAAGAAAGAAAACAUCACCAUGUUAUACAAGUGUGUGUCCAUCUGAAUAUGUGUGUGUGUGUUUGUUUGCUAGGAAAUGGUCGAAGAUUAGUGUUUGGAACCGUAGAUCUGCUCAGGAUUGUGUAUCUGUACGCGUGUGUAAACUCAGAUUAACGAGCAACAUGUCUUUCAGUAUCAACACAGGAAUCCUCACCCCGCAUCCAUAAAAGAAAUAUAAUAAGAAUAAUAAUAAACCCCACAAAAACAUCAGAAUCAUUUGCAUCCUCAAAGUAAGCAUCCAAAAAUCCAUCACCACAUAGUAGUUAUCAGCUGGCCACUAAAGUUCUCAAAACUUUCAUUGCAAAAUUAAAAAAAAACAAAACAAAACAAAAAAAAAAAA